AUGGCGUCCUCCUCAUCCGCCUCUGCGGGACCAUCCUCCUCGAUGGCCUAUACCAACUUCGAGCUCAACAACUCGAUCCUCCCGCUCUCCUCCUCGACCCUCGAUUCGAUCUUCGCCUACGACACCGAAGAGCAACGCUCCAUCCUCCGCGCGCAACCGUGGAAGACGGACCCGCACUUCUUCACAAAGGUCCGCAUCUCGGCCGUCGCUUUGCUCAAGAUGGUGAUGCACGCGCGCUCGGGCGGGAUCUACGAAAUCAUGGGUCUCAUGCAGGGCAAGAUCGAUGUGGCCAACCGAACGCUCUAUGUGAUGGACAGCUUUGCCCUUCCGGUCGAGGGGACGGAAACCCGCGUCAACGCGCAGAACGAAGCUUACGAGUACAUGGUGCAGUAUCUGGACGGUUCCAAGUCCGUGGGAAGGCUGGAGAACGUUGUUGGCUGGUACCACUCGCAUCCGGGAUAUGGGUGCUGGUUGAGCGGUAUCGACGUCAACACCCAACGCACGAACCAGACGUUCCAGGACCCCUUUGUGGCGAUUGUCAUCGACCCCAAUCGCACCGUCUCCUCCGGCAAAGUCGAUAUUGGCGCCUUUCGAACCUUCCCAGAAGGCUACACCGCCCCGACAAACCCGGGUUUGGGGGAGACGAGCAUCCCCCAAUCCAAGAUCGAAGACUUUGGCGUCCACGCAAGCCAGUACUACCCGCUCGAGGUAGAACACUUCAAAUCCUCCCUCGACGGCAAGCUGUUGGAGCUGCUGUGGAACAAGUAUUGGCAAAACACCCUGUCCCAAUCUCCCCUGGUGGUGGGGAGGCGGUAUACGACGGAACAGGUGCGCGAUUUGGGCGAGAAGCUCGAACGCGCCCACGCCGGCGUGCAGGGUCGACACAGUUCGAGCAGCAUCCCCUUCGCCCCCACGCCCGUCCCCAAGCCAGACAGCGCAGAAGAGGGGAAGGAAAAGGAAAAGGGCAAAGCAGCGGAAGAUCCGGCAGACUUGAUAGCAGACAUGCAAAAGCGAUCAACCACCUCGACUCUCGCCCGAGCCGCAAACGACGCCGCCAAGAUCAGCAGCCAGGCCAAUCACGGGUUGAUGGCUAUGCAGCUCAAAAAGGCACUCUUCAACGGCGUGUAG